UCUGAAUUUGAGGCAGAACUGCAGUCUGCUGGUGAGAAGCUUAUAGUAGUUGAUUUCUCUGCCACAUGGUGUGGACCAUGUAAAAUGAUCAAGCCCUUUUUCCACAGUUUGUGUGAGAAGUAUGGUGAUGUGGUGUUCAUCGAAAUUGAUGUGGAUGAUGCCCAGGAUGUUGCUACACACUGCGAUGUGAAGUGUAUGCCAACGUUCCAGUUCUACAAGAGUGGAAAGAAGGUGCAGGAGUUCUCUGGGGCCAAUAAAGAAAAGCUGGAAGAGACCAUUAAAAGUCUAGUCUAAACUUCAGCUGUGGAGACAUUGAAGCAUGACUGCUUCAGCUAAAUUAUAGCCUGUAACUUUUCUACUUAAAAAAAUAAAAAUCUAAACAAGCUAGCUAGAUAAGUGGUGGAAACUAUCCUCUUGAUUGAUGUAAAUGAGUACAAUAAAGUGUAAAUUCUU